AUGGUCAUUGGAUUUACUCUCAAGUGGUUUGAGGUAGAGGUUUCAACUUUGAAUUCUACAAUGGAAACCGCUUGGAAAAAACCUCAUGCCUCUGGCUCAAUGUCCACUAGUGCUUUUGUGAGAAUAAAUUCAAAACAUCUUGUAGUGUUGUUCUUGGUUAUAAUGGUCGUGAGCUCUUCUUGCUUGGCAGUGCCGAGGAGAGGUAUGUUGGGUGGUAUAUAUGGACAAGAGCAGCUAUACCAUGCUCAGAAGAGAAAGGCAAUGGAAGAUAGUAAAGAAGAGAGCAAAGUUGAGUACCCUGAUAGCAGCAUCAACAACCACCAUACCAUACCUAGACAGAAUUUCAAUAGUGGGGAUGGCUCUUCUCAAGGAGAAAAUGGUGAGAGUAAUGAAGGUGGAAAUGGGUAACAAUACUUGGCCAUGAACUUGG